AUGGCGACGCCUGUCUCAGCGCCGCCCGUCCUGUCCCCUCCUAGAGGGGAUGGAGUGGAGCCUGAGGAUAGUAACAUUUCGAGCCCUUUGAGCGACGUCGCAAACGAUGAGGACAUGGACACGCCAAUGGCAGCUGGCGAUGAGGAUAGCGAAGACGCCGAUUCCCUCUCGGGGGGAAUGGCCGACGCAGCAAUGGCGUCCGAAGACGAGAGCGCGCUCUCAGACGCUCAAUCAGUCGGUCAGUCUGAGGGCAACGACACAGAGGCCGAGACGGAGCGGCUCUACGACACACCACAGCAUCAGAGAUCACGAGACGUGGUAGUCGACCAAUUCAAUGAAGACCAUGUCUUUGAGCAUACACCAAGCAAGCUGCGCCGCGAGGCUUUGGCCCAAGACGAGGAAGCGGCUGACGACCAAUCCUCCGCAGAGGACGACGCGUAUAGUGGGGGCGACAAGAGCGAGACCGAGGCCUCGCCUAGUAAAGUUGCGACGACGAAGGAUACAAGCGUCGAUGACGAACACCAGCACGACUCGCAAGAACGAAAAAGGAAGCGAUCGUUGGCGACCGAUGGAUCCGAUCCAGAGCAACCACUUCGAAAAAGAGCCGCUUCUGUCGUCCCCGCCAAAGACAAAGAUGAGGAUAUACCGGAAGAGACAGCUGCUGUGGGCGAAGUUGAGGUGGACAAUGAGCGCAGUGGUCCGCCUUCCGUCGCGGACGAGGUUCCGUCUCAUGAGAAGACUGAUCUUGGGGAGACCACAGCCGACCUAAAAUCUAAGAUAAGGAAGAAGACUACACGUAGCAUCUCGCGGCGCAAAGACAGCGACGACGAUGCUGGCGGCGCCGCUACCGCCCCGCAGGCAGAGCGGGACACGGAAGCUGAAGCAGAGGCAAUACAAGAGCCAAUGGAUGCCGAGGCAGAGGAAGAAGCCGACAUUGCUGCUAAAAACGCAGAAGAGGCAGAGAGGAAGGCGGCAGCUUUCAGAGAUUGGUCGAAGAUAGAAGAAAUGUUCGGUGUCUUCCGAGAUAAAAUCUACAAGACACGACUCCAAAAACUCGAGAACGAAGAGCAGUCUCUGCUGGCAGAUGACCCGACACAUCAAGAUUUUAUCGAUAUGAAGAAGUGCCUCGAUGACCGGCUGGAGCAGAAGUUGAGAGAAAUCGAAAAGGAGCACGAGUUCCGGAUCAAAGCCAACGAGAGAAAGUUUGUUGCAAUUCGCUCCCAGGUCUGGGGGCAAUUCGUCCAGAGUGUCCGGGAAAGGCGAGAGUCAGCUCUAGAGUCGCUGAACAGGGAUUGGUACGAUGUCCAACUCGCUAGGCGCAACGCUCACAGCCUACCGGACUACGGCGUCAUCUUCCCCAAAGAUCCAACACAACGCCUCAGGAAUGCGGUCGCCUACAAUACCGAGGUGUCUACGCUUGCUGGCAUUGCCAAGUACGAGGGAUUUCCUGCGAGGCCAGACAUCAGAGGCGCGUCAGUGUCAGAAAUCCAAGAUGAUUUUGCUGCAAUGGAGGCCCGACGCUCGCGGCAGAGGACUGUAUAUGCUACGCGCGACGAUUAUCAGACUCCGUCGUUCAACCGUUUAGGUCCUGCUGGAGAGCAAUUCUUAAAGGAGACACCUUGGGCCAACCCCAAUCACUCCGCUCAUAGAAUGCAGCAGCAGCAGCCGCCGCAACAACAACCACAGCAACACCGAUUGCAGUCGAUUCAAGCGGAUGGCAAAGCCGAACAGCAGACGCUCAACGCGGGUUCGCUAUCUACCGCAGCCAUCGCUGGUCAUGAUGCGCCUGUAUCACAACAACGAUCGCUCGCAAACUCAACGCGACCACAGGAGACACAGGAAACAAGCAGAACACCUCUGAAGACCUCCAACCCCAUGAAACGCACAGCACUGCCGGGACCAUCGCGAGAGUCGAAAACCGCGGCGGCUUGA